UAUCAGCCGGGCCAGGGAUCCCGCAGGGAAGAGGGAAAGGAUCAAAUUCAUGUGGGUUCUAACAGUUACCAACCUUGAUCCACCGUUCAUGGAGCAGGGGAAAGCGUCAAAAGAGUAUCAGCUGGGCCCUCCUGCAGGGAAGGGAGAAAGGAUCAAAUUCAUGUGGGUUCUACUUUCUCAGGGCUUGUCCUCUUGAACCGGCAACAAGAAUCUCCCCUUUCUCAGUCUCACAGAAUCAUCUCACGCCUUCUCUCAAACAGACAUUUCCUGAAAGUCUUUAGAACUAAUUUUUAAUCAUACCCAUAGGCCAGAGCCCACCUCCUCUCUCUCUCUCUUUCUCUCUUUCUCUCUUUCUCUCUCUCUCUGUCUCUCUCUUAAUCUUUUAUGCAAGACCUCGCCUGUCCUUCAAGCAAAGCAGCUUUCACUUUUCCUUUUUCUUUCUUUCUCUCUUUUGCUUUUGUCUUUCUAUUCUCUUGCAACCUGUUUUCCUCGUUUACGGUUUCUGGGUUCUUGUGUUCCUUCAGAUCUGCUUCAAAUGGGGUUACUCCCAAGGUAGUAGGUACAUUGACUGGAAAGACGGUCCGAAUGGCCCAACUGGUGCAAAAUUCAAGGUGAUUCCUUUUUCUGUAGAGGAUGAAUUUCAUGAUGACGAGCACGAAACGAGGAAGAUCUUUAAAAGGAAUAUGAUUUGGGAGCUUGGUCUGGGUUGUUUUCUUCCAAUAAGAAGGCGGGGUAGUCGCUCAAAGGAUAAAAAACAAGGGGGAAAGGAUAAUGGUGAUAGUGAUAAUGACGAAGCUUGGCUUCUCGUCGAGUCUGGUAGUCUUGGCCCUCAUUUCAUGAGCGCCGUCGACCCAAAAUCUUUAGCCGCCGACCCACAAUCUGUACACUCUUCUUUCAGAUUCAGCUUUGGUUCGCAGAUGGACCUUGAAGCUCUGAACGGGUCUUCCUCUGUUUCUGCUGCUACAGUUCUAAUGGUAAAUUUGAGUACUGAUUUGUCAGAUUCUCAAUCUCACGACAUGAAAUGGCGAAGGUUUCAGUCUCUGGAAAGAAGUAUCUCUCCGGUGGCCAGCACAUUAGAGAGAUUCAGUUACAGCGAAAUCCGGGCAGCCACUGGGAAUUUCUCCAAAGACAGAGUAUUGGGGAGAGGAGCUCUGAGCUGUGUUUUCAAAGGGAGAGUUGGGUUUCUUAGAAAAGCUGUUGCAAUCAAACGGUUAGUCAAGGAAGAUAAGGAAUCUACGAAGGCUUUCUGCAGGGAACUGAUGAUUGCCAGUUCUCUCCAUAAUCGAAAUGUCGUUCUGCUUAUGGGUUUCUGUAUUGAUCCAGAGGAGGGUCUGUUCUUGGUGUACAAAUUUGUCUCUGGAGGAAGCUUGCAGCACUACUUACAUGCAAACCGAGGAGUUAAGGGUGGUUCUCUUCCAUGGUCGGUGAGAUUUAAGGUCGCGGUCGGAAUUGCAGAAGCUAUUGCUUACUUACACAAUGGGAGUGAAAAAUGUGUUGUUCAUAGAGACAUUAAACCCUCUAAUAUCCUUCUCUCUUCCAAGAAGAAACCCAAGCUAUGCGAUUUCGGAUUAGCAACAUGGACCCCUGCACCUUCAGUUCCUUUCCUCUGCAAAACCGUCAAAGGGACAUUCGGUUAUUUGGCUCCUGAAUAUUUCCAACACGGUAAAGUCUCCGAUAAGACAGAUGUUUAUGCUUUUGGGGUCGUUCUCUUGGAGCUAAUCACAGGCCGAAAGCCAAUCGAAGCCAACAGACGGUCAGGAGAUGACAACUUAGUCUUGUGGGCAAAGGCACUAUUACAACGAGGAGGAUCAAUCAAGGAGUUGCUUGAUCCAACACUCACAAUUAGCCCUCGUGAUUCAAAUCAAUUGAUGAAGAUGAUUCAAGCUGCGGGUGCCUGCAUUGAAAGUGAAGAAUCCAGGAGGCCUAGCAUCAAUCAAAUUGUUGCAAUUCUGCAAGGAGAUGAAAAUUAUAGCUCAAGCAGUAAUAUAUCUGCCCCUUCCAGGAAUGAUUCUAUUAUUGAUAAUUAUUCUCAUCUACAACAUAAAAAGAGUGAAAUGAGGAGUCAUUUCGCUCUCGCCAUGUUAGGGGUUUCAGACUAUGAGGAAGAUAAUCACCUAUAUUGUCGAUGAGGCAGGGCACUUGUUUUUUAUUUUAUUAUAUUUUUAAUCAAUAUUUUUCCUACAAUUUUUUAUCCUGUUGCCUACAUGAAUAUAUGGGAAAGAAAUGGAGAGGGAUUGGAUGACGACGGAAAGAAGAGUGAAAACUUGUAAAUAGUGUAAAAAUACAAUGAUGUAUUCAGAAUUUUUAUUUUAUAUGUCCUUCAUUUCCCUAUCCAAUCAUCAAAGGAAUUAGUAAUUUUUUUA